AUGAUUGCACAAAUCUUGCUGUCGUUGAUUGCCAACUUCGCUGUUCUCGUGUUUGUCGUGAACUGUGGUGGAAAGAAGAAGGGCGGACCGGCGGGAAGCGCUAAAAGCGCGCCGGCCGGAGGAGCUGGAGCUGGAGACGCAGGUGGAUCGAAUGAAUCGAAGAAGACACCAUCGAAAAUGGACAAACCAGCGGCAGGUGGUGCAUCCGACAAGAAAGAUGGAGAUGACGGAAACUACGAGGAGCUCGCCGUACCAUCAUAG